UGACACGUGUUCGUUUUCGCGGGAAAUCAGUUUGUCUGUGCAAGGUGUGCUUACUGAGAGGACUCCGUUGUGUUGAGGUUAAAGAGAAGAUCCAAACUACAUUACAAAUGGAUAAAGAGUUAUUUCGUAAGCUUGCUUCGAAGAUCGGGAUAACAGCUGUUAAAGUAUUGAGUCAAGCAGAGGAAUACAUGCGAUUAUCCCAAGUGAAGUGUGUUGGACUGGGUUCUGUUACAGCCACCAGCAAGGCCAUUGUUUGCCUCGAGUUGGCAGCGACUUCAGUGAAAUUUCCUCUAGACAAGGAGUAUGCCAUCAAACUAUCCGGACUGAGUCCUAAGGUGUACUCCAGUAAUUUGAAGGCUAUGGAGUGCAUGCUGGGCCUGCAGUCAAACCUGGGUCUCAGAGAUCUUGCUGUGCAGUAUGGCUGUUUGGAAGCAGUUAAAGUGGCCUCUCAGAUCCUUCAGCAGUAUGAGACCAGUUUGCCUGCUGCUCAGCAACACGACCUUGACCUGUCUAAUCCUCUCUUUACCACAGCAGCUCUGUAUGCAGCAUGCAAGUGCAUGAAAAUCAGAACUGACAGGAAAUUAGCUUCUUCAUCUGGAGCAAAGAAGGGCAUCUUUGACCGGCUGUGCGCACAGUUUCAGAAAUUUGGACAGGAGAUCUGCAAUGGACCUUCAUCUAUGGAGAAACCAGUCAAAACUGCACAAAAGAGGCAGAAGACUCUCACUGAAAUACUAGACACGGAAGAAGAUGGUAAGAGAGCCAUUUGCCUACCACAAAUAAUGGCAAAUUAUUAUUCGACCCAUCCGCUGCCCUUAUAUACGGUGUAUGCACAUCUACAGUGCCAACCACUAAUAUUGGCACCCUUGUGUAAUGGUUACUUUUCUUAA